AUGUCACCUACCUCAACAUCUCAUGAUGCUAUCGAGAUACCUGCUACGAGGUCUCCUCAUGCUGAUGCCUCCAAGUACAUGCACAACCUUUCUCUCUCUCCCUCGAUGAGAGACCGGAGAUCGUCUCGGAAUUCUUUUGGCACUUCACUGCCCAUCCCGCGUUCCAAGAGACAGUCUCGACUCAGUUCUGUCCACCACAUUGACCGAGAUGCCGUCCUGGGACCGGGUGCGGCUCCUGUCCAACCAACCCGAGACAUACUAGCUGCCCAAGUCCAAGACAUAUCCGCAGACAAGGCAAAGAAAGCCAAGAAUAUGGCAUUCGUCUUCGAUAUUGAUGGCGUAUUGGUGCACGGCGAUCGGUUGAUCCCAGAGGGAAAGAGAGCUCUGGAGAUUUUGAACGGGGAUAACGAGCUUGGAAUAAAAAUCCCACACAUAUUCCUAACAAAUGGAUCGGGCAAACCAGAGCUCGCCCGCACGCAGCAGCUAUCCAACAUCCUGCGGAAUCCUGUCAACACGGAACAGUUCAUCCAAUCCCACACUCCAAUGCGCGCUCUUGCCGAAUACUAUCAUACAGUACUCGUCGUCGGUGGAGAGGGAUACCGAUGCCGAGAGGUAGCAGAGCAAUAUGGGUUUCGUGAUAUCGUGGUGCCCAAUGACAUCGUAGCUUGGGAUACCACUAUCGCACCCUAUCGAGUAUUUACGGAAGAAGAGCGCGCCAGCUCACGACCUCGUGAUUUCUCAAAGACCAAUAUCGAGGCAAUUCUUGUCUUUUCCGACUCCCGCGACUACGCUACAGAUAUGCAGAUUAUCAUUGAUCUUCUAAGAUCCGAGGAUGGUCGAUUGGGCACCAUAGCCGCUGAUCCUCUUUCUCAGCGGAUUCCCAUUUAUUUCUCUCAGGGGGAUAUGCUGUGUCCUACUGAGCAUCCCAUCCCCCGUAUGAGCCAGGGUACUUUCCGUAUCGGUCUCGAGGCUAUGUAUAAAUCGCUCACUGGGGUUGAUCUGGAUCGCGUAGUGUAUGGAAAACCCGAGAUGGCGACCUACAAGUACGCUGAUGAGGUUAUUGCAUCGUGGAUGGAACAACUCCAUGGCGAGGAGCGCAUUCCCGAAAAUAUCUACAUGGUCGGUGACAAUCCGGCCUCGGAUAUUAUCGGAGGCAACAUGUAUGGUUGGAAUACCUGUUUGGUACGCACUGGUGUAUUCCAGGGCGGUGAGAAUGAUGAAGCCAACCCGGCCAACUUUGGCGUCUUCCCAAAUGUUUUGGAGGCUGUCAAAGCAGCAUGCCGGAAGCAACUUGGCGAUUCUUUUGGCUUUGAGUGGGAUGAUCGCGUCAAUCCCGUAUUGCAUGGUGAGAAGCAUGUUGCUUCGGCGAUAGAGUAA